CUUUAAGGCAGCACAUACUAACCCGUGAAAACUCAUUCAUCAUGAACUGUAGCAGGCAGGCUAGUCGUUAGCUUUACGCACUAAACAGUGACAUGUGUCUGUCCUAACGUGACUCAAACAGUCGUAUCUGUUUAGCCGUAAUAUCUGCUGAUUAAUAUUUCUAAACUGAGCGACACUUUCCUGUCUGGUGUACUGAAAACCAACGUUAACGUGUCGUGUUAUGGGAGAUACACGGAGGUCAGACGAGCUGUGGGCUGUCGACUCAACAGUAAAGUAGAAACAUCCACCUAAAAGUGAAUCAUGCCUGGGAAACUUAAGGUAAAAAUUGUGGCAGGGCGCCACUUGCCUGUGAUGGACAGAGCCAGUGACCUUACUGAUGCUUUUGUAGAGGUUAAGUUUGGAAACACAACUUUCAAAACCGAUGUUUUUCCCAAAUCCCUCAAUCCACAGUGGAACUCUGAAUGGUUCAAAUUUGAGGUUGAUGAUGAGGACUUGCAGGAUGAGCCAUUGCAGGUCACAGUGUUGGACCACGACACUUACAGUGCUAACGAUGCCAUAGGGAAAGUUUACAUUGACAUUGACCCGCUGCUGUGCAGUGAGGCUGCUUCUGUCAUCUCUGGCUGGUUUCCCAUCUAUGAUACCAUCCAUGGUAUUCGAGGGGAGAUCAAUGUCCUAGUCAAAGUGGAACUUUUCAACGAUUUGAACCGCUUCAGACAGUCCUCCUGUGGGGUCAAGUUCUUCUGCACCACAUCCAUUCCACGGUGCUACAGGGCAGCAAUGGUGCAUGGGUUUGUGGAGGAACUUGUGGUGAAUGAAGAUCCAGAGUACCAGUGGAUUGACAGAAUAAGAAGUCCUCGGGCCUCCAAUGAGGCCCGUCAGAGGCUCAUCUCUCUCAUGUCUGGAGAGCUGCAGAGGAAAAUAGGGCUUAAGGUACUGGAGAUGGGCGGGAAUGCGGUGGUGGGCUACUUGCAGUGUUUUGACCUGGAGGGAGAAUCGGGCCUGGUGGUCCGGGCCAUAGGUACUGCCUGCACACUGGACAAACUCAGCACUGGAAGCGCUCCCAACACCAACACACAUAUGCACCCUAACACAGCGCCUGCUUCCAAUGCCUGCAAUUCCCCUUCUAAGGAUGGAAAAGAGCCGGUAUUUGGUGAGGACAUGACCUCGUCCUCCGGCCCGCCAACCCCUUUCAGAGCCCUUCCCACCACCUCCUCCUCUCCUCCCCCCUUCUCUCCCUCCAAGCCAUGCAGCCGCCAGUCCUCAUCAUCAGACACAGACCUCAGUUUGACGCCCAAGACGGGAAUGGGCAGUGGGGGCAGCGCCGGGAAGGAAGCAGGGCCUCUGAAGACCUUGCUCAGACAGCAGACGCAGACGGCUCUUGAGCAGAGGGAGUUCCCCUUCUUCACCUUGAUCUUUCCACCUGGUUUUCUGCUUCAUGUUGGUGGAGUGGUCAGCGCCCGCUCUGUCAAACUACUAGACCGUAUACACAACCCUGAUGAGCCAGAGACUCGUGACGCCUGGUGGGAGGAGAUUCGCCAAGAGAUCAAAUCUCAUGCCAAAGCUCUUGGUUGCCAUGGUGUUGUGGGGUACAGCGAGAGCACUAGCAUCUGUGAGGAGGUGUGUAUCCUGUCAGCAUCAGGUACAGCAGCCAUCCUGAAUCCUCGGUAUAUGCGUGAAGGCUGCCUAGACAUCGGAAUCACAGACCACAGGUUUGAGGAGCCGUCUCCCCCGAGCUGUGGCUUCUGCCACAUCCCGUAUGAUGAGCUCAACAUGCCCUUUCCGGCCCAGCUCACCUACUGUUUCCACUGCAGGCGACAAAAGGUUCCUGAUGUGCUGUUUACAACAAUCAACCUGCCACAAGAAGCAGCUGUCACAGGGAAGGGCUGCCUUAUCCAGGCCAGGCUGUGUCGUCUAAAAAAGAAGGCCCAGGGUGAAGUGAAUGCGACGGCCAUCUCCAACCUGCUGCCUUUCAUGGAGUACGAGCUGCACACUCAACUGAUGAACAAGCUGAAGCUGCGGAGCAUGAACGCUCUGUUUGGCUUACACAUACAGAUCAGUGUCGGAGAGAACAUGCUCCUGGGUCUGGCAUCUGCUACAGGAGUGUACCUCACAGCCUUGCCGGCACCAGGGGGCAUCCAGAUUGCAGGGAAGACUCCUGGUGACCUGAGCAAUGAGCACCACAUCCUCACCAUCCAGAAAAGGAUUAAUGACACCAUAGCCAAGAACAAAGAGCUCUAUCAAAUAAAACCUCCGGAGCUGACAGAGGAAGUGGUGGGUUCUCCGAUUCCUGAGCCAAGGCAACGAUCCAGACUUUUCCGCUCCCACUCAGAAAGCUCAGAUGAGCUGUCAGAACUGGACCUCUCCCAUGGGAAGAAGGAUGCUUUUGUCCUGGAGAUUGAUGACACUGAUGCUGUGGAAGACAUUCACUCCCUCCUCACUGAUGCCCCUACCCCCACAGGUUUCUACAGCUGCAACACUGAGAUCAUGCCUGGGAUUUACAGCUGGACGUCAGGAGUUCAGAUGUUUACAUCGGUGAGGGUCUUUAGGUUGAGUAAUGCCAAUCUUACUAACCAAGGCUUGAACAAGAUCUUCACUGACCUAUGUGAGAAUCUGCUAAAGAGUUUCUACUUCAAGUUGCGCUCUAUGAUCCCCUGCUGUCUGUGUCAGCUGAACUUCACUGUAGCAGUGCCGGAAGAAGAACUUAUACAGGUCGCUGUGACAGCAGUUGCCAUGACGUUUGACAAAGACCAGGCUCAGGAAAAGCCAGCAGACAAGCCCACCACCAAAGGAGGCAGUGAGACUGAAGAGCAGCUGCAGUUUUCCAUGGAGUUAUGUGGAGAUGCGUCAUCCGCCAUCACUCAGCCAUUAUCCAAAAUCUCAGGUGUCCCAGAGAGUACCAACGUCUCAUCCAGAGCUGCCUCCGUUGAUUACGGUUCCUUUGCAGACAGAUGCAGCACCUGGCUAGAGCUGCUUAGGCUGAAAGCUCACACCAUAAGACGAGGAUCAGUUAAGACAAGUAGGAGGACACAGUCUCUAGCACACUCUGUCUCAUCUUCGGGGAACUGCAGUCCGCUGCCUGAGGGACGUUCCCGCUCGUUGCGCUCCAACCGAUCGUUCAGGGGUAGUCCGGUCACGGUGGUGAAGAUGACGCCGCUGUCCUUUCUCCCUGGGACACGCAUCAUUAAAUACCUUGGGAUCAUCAACAUGUUUUUUAUCAGAGAGACAACAUCAUUACGGGAGGAAGGUGGUGUCAGUGGCUUCCUUCAUACAUUCAUAGCAGAGGUGUUUGCAAUGGUUCGAGCCCAUGUAGCAGCUCUGGGUGGCAAUGCAGUGGUGUCCUACAGCAUGAAAGAGUGUAUGUUAAUGGAAAAUCCAAACAAGAACCAGGCUCAGUGUCUCAUUAAUGUGAGUGGUGAUGCCGUCAUCUGUGUCAGGGAAACGGACCAGGAGCCCAAUCCCUCAAUGGCUAAUAUCGGACAGACCUGCGCUAGCGGAACAGAUGUAGCUACGUGACAGUGAAACACAGAGCUUCACUUUGUCUGCCGGACACACUAUCUAAGUAAAUAUGCUCGCUAAGUCUAGCCGUCCAAAUUUGAGUCAUUUAUGUCUGCCUUAAAACUCUGUAAAAGAUCCAAAGGUUUGGACACAGGUAAUAAAGAACAAGUACUCACGCACUCAAAAGUAUGCAGUCUGGAUUAAUAUGGAAGUACAGGAUGUGUCUCUGUGUUUUUCUAUGUUUAAAGAGAGCAUUUGUGCAGGGGAUACUAAUGUAGCUCAACGUCAAAGGACCCAUCUGCAUCUAACUUUUGCCUAUGUGUUACAUCCGUCCAUAUUUGGGGUCAACCAGAGCUACAGUAAGUUGGCCAUUCCUUUUGUGUGGGCACAAGUGAUGCUCGAGGCAGCUUUGACUAAUUUGUCCAUCCAUAGCUCACAGCUCAGCUCAUUAAAUGGCCAUGCGAAAAGGGACACAGUUGUAUACCAUCAGAUAAUUUCUAAACAGUCAGAUUCUCAUUCAGUGUUAGGCUCUGUUGUGAGUAACUUGCAGUUUAAAGGCCCACCUGCUCAUUUUGGAGUGGCCACAUAAUGACCGUGGAGUUAAGCAAGUAUUUAAAUUUCCAGAGCUGGUAAAUAGAAAAUUCUCACUCGAAUGGACAUUUUGAAACUAGAAUUGAAACAAUCCUGUGAUGCCAUUUUGUUAAAAUUAGCUGUUAGUUGGUGUCUAGUUUUAUGUCUAAAUUAGAUUUUUUUGGGGGGGGAUAACCUUCCUAAUUACUGUCACAGUAUUGCUCACAAUCAGUUUCCUACAUAUAAUUAAAUUUCUUCAUAGUGUCAAAUAAUGGUGUCAUCUAUAAUAAAAAAUAAAUAACUGGCCAGGAUUACUGGCUUGUGCAAGUAUUUUUGUAGGGCAAGAAUUUUCCUUUCAGAACAGUGAUUACCCUCUAUUCCUGUGACCAAUUUAUCAAUUAAAACUAUUAGAAUUGUAAUGGCUUCAUCUUAAAAUUAUCAAAUCAAAAAUCAUUUGAAUGUCUUGUUAUUUACUGUGAUUGGUCUAAUGUGGCCCCGUCUAACAUAAGGGAUAUUUUAUAGGAUAAGGUACUUGGGCUCCUUCUGGCUGAAUUUGCAGUUUGUACUAAAGCAACUUUUGCUUCACUUGCAGCUCUAGGAUCAGUUCCUCUUGUUGAUGCUUCUUGCUGUCAGUGUCAGAUUUCACAUACCGUUGUCAAGCUUCAUCACUGUUGCUUUGGCACUCUAUUCUGAUCUACUAAUCUGUCCAUCUUGACAUUCAUGUCCAAUGCUUAAAGAAACACUGUAUUAAUGUUCUUUAAAAUCAGAUUUUAGUAUUUUUGUAACAUAAAAUGUAUGGAACCUGCUCAUCUUGCCUGCGCAAUGGAUUCCUGAUAUUUUGACUCACUGUGUCUGAGAAUUAGUGGUACUCUAAUCUGUUUGUGAUCAGUUUACUAUAUUUGUGUCUAAAACUUGAAUGUACAUAGAUGCUUUUGCUAGUAGCAUGCAGACCCAGUUUUUAUUGCUAUGACUCUGUAUGCAUGUCUGGCAUGUCUUGCAAAAUAAACUCAAGUCAAACCAA